AUGACUUCAGAGAACUUGAGAUACUAUCCAAUUUUUAGUUUAUUAGAACCAGAGUUUAUGUCAAAGAUUCAUAUGGUUUUUGUAUAUGGUAGCUCAGAAAAAUGCGGUUUAAUUGUAACAAAGGAUGGAAUACUAUAUGCCUUAGGAAAUAAUAAACUUGGUGGUCUUGGAAUCGGUGAUAGUCAGGGUACUCUUUACCCAACAAUAGUUGAAGUAUUAUCUGGAAAGGAUAUUAAAACUUUUGCAUAUGGCAGUGGUGGACAUGUUUUAGCACUUACAAGUAAAGGAGAGGUAUAUUCAUGGGGGUGCAAUACAUAUAGACAGUUGGGACACCAGACUACUGAUAGAACUUAUCAUGUACCAACUUCUGUGCAUAUGAAUCUUAAUGAAGACCUUAUUGUAGACAUAGCCUGUGGAACUAAUCACACUUUGGCAUUAACAGCUAAUGGGAAGGUAUACGCAUGGGGCAAAAAGUAUGACGAAGAAACAAAUUCCAAUUCAUCAAUCACGAAUGUAGUCAGAGGUGGGGAGGCACGUGGGUUUGGCUUUGGCUCUAGCUUUCCAAGAAAUAAUCAGACUUUCAUCCACCCUCCACUCGGAGGAAGAAGUAGCACUAACCCCUUACUGAUUGAAACCCCAGCUACACCCACGAAUUCAUCAGUAACUCUAAUACAUUGCAUAUUAACAGAAAAAUUUGUGUGUAUUAGUUGUGGAGAUAAAUUCAGCGUAGCAGUGAAAGACAAUGGAGAGGUUUAUAGUUGGGGUGAUAAUAGCUGUGGUCAAUUAGGACUUGGAAAUACUAGUCAGAUUAAAGAACAUCCAUCUAAAGUCACAGCACUUGCUGAAGUUCUAAUAAAAAAAGUAGUUUGUGGUUAUGGGCAUUGUUUAGCAUUAAGCGAUGAAGGUAACCUUUAUGUUUGGGGUGCAAACAAUUAUGGACAACUAGGUCUUGACACAAACUUAAAUGUCUACAUUCCAGUAAAGUUGAAAGUACCGGAAAUGAGAAGAGUAUUGGAUAUAGCAGCUUUUCAUUACGGAAAUAUAAGUGUAGCUAUGGGAGACGGUAAUCUAAUAUUUAUGUGGGGUCACUGUCUGGGACUAAGUAUCAAAGUUCCAACCAUUACACGAUUAAAGUCCAUCUACGACGCUCAACUUCAUAGUGAAGGACCAAGUUAUCUGAAUGACUGUGUAAAACAAGCAUUUGAUGAUCCAUCCACUAGUGACCUCACUAUUCAAGUACAGGGGAAACCAAUUCAUGUACACAAAUUCAUUUUGAAGAUCCGUUGCGAAUACUUUAAAACGAUGCUUCAGGAGCCCUGGGAAGAAAAUAAACAGUGUGUUAUAAAACAUGAACUGUUUUCAUACGAUACAUACAGAGCUUUCUUGAAGUAUUUAUAUACCGACGACUUCGAUCUGCCUCUAGAAAACACAUUAGAACUCUUAAAGUUAGCAGACGCUUACAACCUUGAUCAGUUAAAGAGUCAUUGCACACAGGUAAUAAUAGGAAAUAUUACCGUGGAGAAUGUGCUUUCUCUGUACACCAAAGCUAUCGCGUUCGAGUUUACGAACUUAAAGGAGUGUUGCUUCAAUUUCGCUGUGAAACACAUGAUUGCAGUAAUACAUUCACUGGGUUUUGUUGAAUUAGAUGCAUCCAUAAUGAAAGAUUUUGUAAUUAAGGCUAUUGAAGCGGGUGCAUUUAAGACGUAACUCGCGAUGCUUAUUGUACGAUUAUAUUGUGGCGCAUUUAUAUUUUUAUAAUUCUCAGUAAAUGUAUGUUAUGUUACAUACAUUUUUGUAUACU